AUUUGUCUUCCAUGAGAUACUGGAGAAGCUAGGGAAAGUGACUCUGAGUGACCUUUAUUGUAUUCAAGACUUCCCUAAACAAGUAUUCCAAGUCUCAGAAGCGGCUGACCUCCCACCAUCUUUUCCAAAGGAUCAUCACAAUACAUUGUAUCUCUCGUACGCAUUCUGUGACCUUCAUCUCCUCCCAUCAUUCUGCGUCAGAACACGGGAACUUUGGAACUUGGGAAAAAUAUUCCUAUUAAAAUGUCAACACGGAGGAGUCUAUGAUGGAAUUAAAUGCAUCUGUGCAAACAAUAUGGAGGGCCCAUCAUGUGAAAACAUCGAAGAUAAAGUCUCUAUAGGCAAGGCGGCUAACACCACAAUGCUAGUGGAACUGACAGUCACUAACUACAACUACACCGCAGAGCUGGGUAAUUCCGCGUCUGAACAAUACAAGGAGUUUGAGACACAAUUUCAAGAAAAGAUGAAUUCCGUCCUUUCUUCAAACAUUAGUGCUGUGAAAAUCCUAGCGCUCAGGGACAGUGGUACGAAUGGCGUCUCUGUCAAACAGGAACUGCUAAUGGUCAUUACGUAUACCAACAUCAGCAUCAUCACGCAGUAUGAAGAAAGAUACUGGAAGGUCGUGGAGUUACUCAAAGCAGAUCCGUGCGAAACAGACUCUCUUUGUAUCAGCAGCCAGUCUGUAUCACCCACAAUGAUCCGUCCUCUAAGUGAAAAAGAGACCUGUGCGACAAAAAUCAUACCCACAUUCAUUCAGUUUUUCGACCCGGUGCCUGCUACAGAUGGUCUGUACUGCAUGUCCAGCUGUGAGCCGAAAUCUCCACAAUUUUAUGAUUGCACUGUUGGAAGAUGUCAGGUACAGGAGUCCGGACCUCUUUGCUUUUGCCCGAGAUCGGACCUGUACAUCUACACUUAUUCCAGGUGUCGAGGGGCUGUAUUAAUAGUGGCUGUGUACGGAAGUGUGGGAGCUGCCAUUGCUGUGCUAAUCAUCAUCCUUGUGAUCUUAGGAGUCUACAUAUACAGAAGGAAAUAUUACUAUUAGCAAACGUGUAAUGACUACAUUGCUUCUGCAUUGCGUUGUACUGUAUACUGAGAUGGGUGCCAAUGUGGCAUUGAGAGUCAAGGCCGGAAUAUAGUAGCAAAGGGGCGAUUAGGACUACAGCCCCAGGCCUCUAUAGAAAAAUAGGCCCAUCGUCAAUAACAGCAUGAUUAGGUCUGAGCACCCACAUAGCCACAAUUUCUCCACGUUUAAAUAUUUGUGGAGACACUGAUGCUAAUAGUGAAUCGGAUGUACACGUCCACAAGGCACUGGCCACACCUACUCAGCACUGGCCACACCCACUUUGCUUCUCACAAUGGGCGCUUGAUGAUAUCAGCCCUGGACCAAGCGGCCCUUUAUCUGGCCCUGUUGAGAGACAAAUUGCAUUGUACUUUUUGUUGCCAUCUUUCAACUGCACCUAUCGUGGAAAGUGUUCAUUGGCUCAGUGGGUAAGAGUCAUGACUGUGACUGAUCAGCCUUUUAAAUUAAUAUCAUUAUGUUGUUCCCACCUCAUAUUCUUCAGUAUUGACAUGUCUGUAUUCUGUUGAUUGUGUGUGUAACAGCGCCACCUCAUGGAUGAAUAAGUGUAAAGCAAGUUAAAAAUUGAAACGUCAGAAAUUCAAUCUGUAUGGUACUCAUGAAAAAUACAGACCUUACUUUAUUGCUUUAAUUGUAGUUUUAUUACAAUUUUGCCAUUGAUUCAUGAAAUACAGGACCGCAUAGCAUAAACAGCACUUUGUUUUAUUUAACAGAGCAAUAUAUAUUUUUUUAUUUACCACUGUACAUUGCUGCAAAUGUUUGUGGCGCUUUAUUAAUAAAUGAUAAUAAGACUAAUAGUUAUAGCCUACUAUUUGUAUUGUAGGGGAAGAUAUUUUUUUCCUAUUAAGUCUGUUGCAAGUAAUCAUAUACUGUAAGCUUAUAUUUCAGUGUCUGAUAGCACAGAACAAUAGCUUGUACAUAACUGUAGCGCAUGUAAAAUAUAUAUGAAAUGUUGUACUGUUGUAAUUCCUGUCAAGUUGCAAAAACUUUGCCCAAUAUUUAUCAAUUAUUAGUAUAAAACAACUUGUAUUUUAAAUAUGUGUUUUUAAUGUUUAUGC